AUUUGACCUGUCAUUGGUCUAACCUUGUCUUCCUCCACAAAGCUAAAUAGAAAGAAUUAAACACUAAUAAUUUUGAAAUUAUAUCCCACGUGUCAACAUAUUGUUGGGCUUUGUUGAACCAACUAAACAACACAUAAAAACACAAAGGCAUUACAUAACCAUCAUUUGCACCAAGAGAAUAAUCAAAAUUCCAUAUAACCAGAGGCGAAAAAAGAAAUAAAAAUACAAAUGGCAAAGGAGGGUUUAGGACUUGAGAUUACAGAGCUAAGAUUGGGGCUUCCAGUAGAUAACAACGGUGAAAGAUUAGUUAGCGGAUCGAAGAAGACAAAGAGGGUGUUCUCGGAGAUGAUGAUAUCAUCAUCACUAGAUACUGACGGUGCAAACAGCGUCGUUUCGUCUGUGGACAUUGUCACCCGUGAGGUAGAGGAUGACUCUGUACCGAAGGAUAAGAGUCAGGCGGUAGGGUGGCCACCUGUGUGUUCUUAUAGGACAAAGAAAAACAACAAUAAAGAAUUAUCGAAAGCGAUAGGGUACGUGAAAGUGAGCAUGUACGGUGUGCCAUACUUGAGGAAGAUUGACCUUGGUUCCAGCAAGGGCUAUACUCAUCUAGCCACCGUUCUUGAGAAACUCUUCGGCUGUCUUGGUCUAGGAGUAGCAUUGAAGGAGGGGGAGAAAUUUGAAUACGUUAUUAUAUACGAGGAUAAGGAUAGAGAUUGGAUGCUCGUCGGAGAUGUUCCUUGGCAGAUGUUCAAAGAGUCAUGCAUGAGGCUGAGGAUCGUGAAGAGAUCAGAUGCAACCGGUUUUGGUCUGCAGCAAAAUUUAUCAUUGCAACUCGAGUAAAAAUUUUAUGCAAUUUACAAAAGAAAAACUUGAGUAAAAUUGUCCAUUACAGUAGAUUUUCAAGAAUUUAAUUUUUUUUUUGAUGAUCAUGGUGGAUAAGAGAAAUGUUUGCUUCAAGAAUAAAUAAAUUUAUUGAUGAUCAUAGUGUAUCACAUUGUAUGUUUUAUAUUUACCUUUAACGGUUUUUUUAGUCUCACGUAGACUAAUAGAUCAAUACAAUAUAAGUUUUUUUUUUUGUAAUAAUCAAGUUGUAUUAUUGCCGUAUCCUAUACAUGGAAUAUGUUAUAGUUUUCUUUUCUGCCGAUCCAGAAAAUCAGAUUUUCUUCUUUUGUAAAUGAAGUAAUUAAAUUGUAGAAACCUAUGAACCUUCUCAAAUCAUUUAAAUAAAAAAAGUUUUCACAUGCACGUAAAGUUGGAUGAAGGUUCUAACUACUUUGUCGGUCCAAAUAAAUGAUGCAUAUCUUUAUUAAAUGAUCAUAUCAAAGUAGGUAACAGAUUUGAAGUUUAUAUAUACUUCAUGCAAAACAAUGAAUCCAACCCCUUAGCUUAUCGUCAAGACACCGAAAAGAGAAAAAUGAAGGCACCUUCACAACAGGACAUGGUUUACUUCGACCACAUCAAGAAACGGCAAGAUAAUAAAGGCUGUUUAUACGCAACGCUUUACGGAUUGUUCUGUUGCUGUUGCUGCUACGAGACAUGUGAUUGUUGUUGCUGCGUCUGAUUCUUAUGAUCAUCUUAUAAUAGUAUUAUCUUUAUGUGUCCCUGUUGUUUUAUCCAAAUCUUUUCUAUGUAAUAAAGCGCCACAAAUGCGAGAAGUUGUUUUUGGGUUAAUUCGGGUUAAGUUUUGGGAAUGGAUAAUUUCAGUUUGGUUUGGUUAGGUUCGGUUCUAAUUUAAUCCGAGGGUGGUUUGGUUCUAUAUUAAAAUAUGUAAUAAAAAUUAAAUAAAGAGAUUUUUAAUUAUA